AAGGAAUGGGCACAUGUUGUUGAUGUCAAUCAAGGAUUCCCAGAGUUUCAUGAUUUGGUUCCUGAACUUGCUCAUCAAUUUCCUUUUGAAUUGGAUAUUUUUCAAAAGCGUGCCGUUUAUCAUUUGGAAAACUCUGAAUCUGUGUUUGUCGCUGCACAUACUUCAGCUGGAAAAACUGUUGUGGCUGAGUAUGCCAUUGCAUUGGCUCAAAAACGCAUGACAAGAGCAAUAUACACUUCCCCAAUCAAGGCACUUUCAAACCAAAAGUUUCGUGAUUUUCGUGAGACGUUUGAUGAUGUUGGCAUUCUGACUGGUGAUGUCCAAAUCAAACCAGAAGCUUCUUGUUUGAUUAUGACUACAGAGAUUUUGCGCAGUAUGUUGUAUCGAGGUGCAGAUCUUAUACGCGAUGUUGAGUUUGUGAUUUUUGACGAAGUGCAUUAUGUCAACGAUGCCGAGAGAGGUGUGGUUUGGGAAGAAGUCAUUAUUAUGCUACCGUCACAUGUUAGCUUAAUCCUUCUUUCUGCAACCGUACCAAAUACCAAGGAGUUUGCCGAUUGGGUUGGUCGCACAAAACAAAAAGAUAUUUAUGUUAUUUCUACGCUUAAGCGUCCUGUACCUCUUGAGCACUAUUUAUAUUUUGAAAAGGAUUGCUAUAAGAUUGUUGAUUCGACCAAAACAUUUAUUCCUGCUGGAUACAAGAAAGCAUACGAUGCUGUAAAUCCACCCAAGAAGGAAGUGGUCAAGUCAGAUAGUGGACGUGGCCGGGGUGCCGGUCGCGGUGGUGGUCAAUCUUCACAAGUAGCUCGGCCAAGCCAGUCUUCUGGAAAAUCUUACGGAGGCCCAUCGGACAAAAACCUGUACACUCAUCUUAUCGGCAUGCUCAAGAAGCGUGUAUUGCUACCAGCAAUCAUUUUCACAUUUUCCAAACGUAAAUGCGAAGAAUAUGCUAAUACACUAAGCAAUACUGAUCUUACACUCGGCUCUUCUGAAAAAUCUGAGAUCCAUGUAUUUAUUGAAAGGAGUCUCGUAUGUCUUAAAGGAAGCGAUCGCGAGCUUCCACAAGUGAUGCGUAUGCGAGAGCUUCUUGGCCGCGGUAUUGCUGUUCAUCAUAGUGGGCUUCUUCCUAUUUUGAAAGAAAUGGUAGAGAUUCUAUUCACAAGAGGUCUAGUAAAGGUUUUAUUUGCAACAGAAACUUUUGCCAUGGGUGUGAAUGCUCCGGCCAAGUGUGUUGUAUUCUCAAUGAUUCGAAAACACGAUGGUGUUGGGUUUCGUAAUCUCUUACCUGGCGAGUAUACGCAAAUGUCUGGACGUGCUGGUCGUCGUGGGUUGGACGAUACUGGUAUGGUGAUUAUUGCAAACAGCAAUGAUAUCCCCGAUCAAACCACUUUAAACCAGAUGAUACUUGGCACCCCAACCAAACUGGCCUCUCAAUUCCGAGUUACGUAUAAUAUGAUUCUGAAUUUACUUCGAGUGGAGGCAAUCAAAGUAGAGGAUAUGAUUAAGCGCUCCUUUUCUGAAAAUAUAAAUCAAAAAGCACUUCCAGGUCAGCAAAAAAUGCACAACGAGGCAAUUGUAUUACGCACUAGUUCUAAUACUUCCAACCCAAUACUUAUGCAUAACGCCCAAAAUGCAGUUAGAGACAUUAACAAUGGAGUUUUGGGAAAACAAAGUCUGACAAACGUUGUUUUAACUUUUUUAAAUAUUCAGCUUGAUGCAGAUCUAGUGUUGGAUCAAAAAGACACGGUUGAAAUUCUUAACACGCUGAAUCAACUCCAGAAAUUUGGCAAUGACAUUUUUGCAUUGGGAACUAUUCCAGAAUACGACUGGAGUAAAAUAAGAGAAGCUGAUUUUCAAAAUGGGUUUUAUGAAAAACAAAACCUGUUACGCCAGCUGGCAAAUUAUCAGUGCUCCAUGUGCCCAGAUCUUGCAAUUCAUUAUGGACUUGUGCACAAAGAACGCCAACUUCAAAUACAAAUAUCUGAACUUGCACACUCUAUUUCUGAUCAAAAUUUGCAGCUACUUCCAGACUAUCACCAACGCGUGGAUGUAUUGAAGUGUCUUGGAUUUGUCGACUCCAAUUCAAUUGUUCAGAUAAAGGGUCGUGUGGCAUGCGAGAUUAAUACAGCAGAUGAGCUGAUUCUUACAGAGCUUAUUUUGGAUAAUUUCUUGGCAGACUAUGAGCCAGCAGAAAUUGUUGCUUUGCUGUCGUGCUUUGUAUUUCAAGAAAAGUCGCAGAGCGAACCAGUACUAACUUCUAAGCUUGAAAAGGGUGUCAAGGUAAUUACAGAACUAGCAAUUAAAAUAGCAGAAGUUCAGCAUAGCUGUGGACUAGAUGUACGCAAGGAUGAUGCUCUUGCAGGACUCAAGUUUGGAUUGGUAGAGGUUGUUUACGAAUGGGCACGCGGGCUACCAUUCAAGCACAUUACGGAUCUAACAGAUGUUCUUGAAGGAUCGAUUGUGCGAUGUAUUGUGCGACUCAGUGAAACGUGUCGUGAAGUAUCUGGUGCUGCUCGGUUGCUUGGUGAUGCGGGACUUUAUAAAAAAAUGGAGGAAGCUGCUGAGCUUAUUCGAAGGGAUAUCGUGUUUGCUGCUUCAUUGUAUUUUUGA